CCUUGGUCAAUUAAUAUAGAAAAGACGAACAACGUCGAAAGAAGGCUUCAAUGAAAUUGGUCCAAAAUGUAGCGGGUCUAUUUAACAAACUGAAUGUGCGCUUGGUCCUUUUUAGGCUUUAGCCUAUGUACAACUUUCUUCUCCAUAGACAUGCAACUAGCCAAACUAUCAAGCACACAAACUUUGAUUUGCCAAUUGGGGGAUCCUCUGAUUGAAACGUGUAAGAGAGUUUCAGACUGCUGACCACGAUACACUCUUUCUUCUUCACUCUCUGCUCCACUGUUGAUUCUCUUCUCGGACUGAACGCACACUGAUUGUUAGUUCUGUGUUUCGAUUAAGUACAUUCACGAGAAUCAGGUGAUUUGUUUGUAUGAAAGUACGACUUGAUUUGGGUUUGAUUCGGAGAAGAAAAGUAUGAAGUCUUUGAUUAUCGGGUCUUUUGCUAAUAAGGUUUCCGUUCAUUCUCCUCCAUUACCAAAUUCACCUUCUGUAUUCGUAUCAGCAGGUUCUCUUCAUGUAUCAUUAAGAUCAUCAAAGAGUAACAGAGUCAUUAGAUGUGAAUCAAGUCUUGUGAGACACAAUCUUAACAGUUUUAAUGAAAAUUUUCUAUUUUCAAGAAAACGCAACACAAAUCAUGUUGCAAAUGCAGUUUCUGAACAACCUAUUGAACCUGAAUCUUCAAGCCCUCAAAAACUUCUUCCAAAUGCUUUUGAUGCUUUCUACAGAUUUUCAAGACCUCACACAGUUAUAGGAACAGCUUUGAGCAUACUUUCAGUUUCACUCCUUGCAAUUCAGAAGCUUUCAGAUUUUUCUCCACUAUUCUUCAUUGGUGUCUUUGAGGCGAUUGUUGCUGCAUUCUUUAUGAAUAUAUAUAUUGUUGGCUUGAAUCAGCUAUCUGAUAUAGAAAUAGACAAGGUUAACAAGCCAUAUCUUCCGUUAGCAUCUGGAGAAUAUUCUGUUAAAACUGGUGUUAUCAUUGUAUCCUCAUUUGCAUUCAUGAGUUUUGGUCUUGGAUGGAUUGUUGGUUCAUGGCCUUUAUUUUGGGCACUUUUCAUAAGUUUUCUUCUUGGCACUGCAUAUUCAGUCAAUAUGCCAAUGUUGAGAUGGAAGAGAUUUGCUCUUGUGGCAGCAAUGUGCAUUCUAGCUGUAAGAGCUGUAAUUGUUCAAAUUGCAUUUUAUCUACACAUUCAGACUUUUGUGUAUGGAAGAGUUGCUGUGUUUCCAAAGCCUGUGAUAUUUGCUACUGGAUUUAUGAGUUUCUUCUCUGUUGUUAUAGCAUUGUUCAAGGACAUACCUGAUAUUGUUGGGGACAAGAUAUUUGGCAUUCAGUCUUUUACAGUUCGUUUGGGUCAAAAGCGGGUGUUUUGGAUUUGUAUCUUAUUACUUGAAGUGGCUUAUGGUGUUGCCAUUUUAGUUGGGGCAUCAUCUCCUUUUCUUUGGAGCAGAUACAUAACGGUUAUGGGCCAUGCGAUACUUGGUCUAAUGUUAUGGGGUCGUGCUAAGUCAACUGAUCUAGAGAGCAAAACAGCAAUAACCUCAUUUUACAUGUUCAUAUGGCAGUUGUUUUAUGCGGAGUACUUGCUCAUACCGCUUGUGAGGUGAUGUGCAACUGCAUUGAUGUGGGGCCCACUCUUGUUGUUUAUUUAUUGUUAUAGUUUUGCCAUCAUUCCGGCUCAAAAUGGCAGAGGAGCUAGGGUUAGGGUUAGAUUUUUGAGACUUGUAAGUUGUAACAUUUGACUUUAUUUUAUGUUGUGGAGAU